AUGCCUGAUAUUGACCCCGCGGCGCUCAGCAGGCCGGCCAUCUCGACAACUCCAAUAUUGCCUCCUAAAACUAUCAGUGCUUCUUCGGCGCCAAGUGCACCGAAGCCCUCCAAGUUGAGCCAUGUUCCGCCUCGAAUUGAUCUGGAGCCGCUGUACACCGCACUUAAGCAGGCGAUUGGCGAACACUGGACAACAUAUAAAGAGUCUAUAAGUCUUUUUGUAAUGGGUCAGUUGGACCAGAUCGAACUAUCAGCAAGGAUCGAUAGCUUCAUUGUGACCCCUGCCGGUGAAAUAGAGCAUCUUCAUAACCAGCUUAUCUCGGCGAUAUACGGAAACGUAACUCGAGAAAUUCCCGAUCAUGGCGUGGCUAGCUGGGUUAGCGCGAACGAUAAGCCAACGGCAGGGGCAGGUAGCAAACCAGUCACUGGUGAUGCAGCCGAACAGAGACUCAAGACGGAGGUUAUGCAGCUACCUAGUCGAGAUCGAAGGCGGCUGAAGGACUUGAGCCAAAAUGAGUUUGACCCGCAAGAUGUAUUCGCCAGUGUAUUUGGCGAACAUCGUCGUCCAAAAGCCGCCAGACUCGUAGAUUCAGUACCUGCAAGCGCUGGUGGUUUAAACAAAACGAAUUGGGAUCUGGAAAUACGGAAACGAUAUGCAGUGACUCUGGGGAUGGAAUCGGGAGAAUUCCCGGAUAUGCAGAAUAUCGAAACACGGAUGCUGCCCAUAUGUUAUGAAGUUGGUCUUACGUCUGGGCACGUGGCUGAUGCAGCUCAAUUCAUGUCUGUGGCUACGGAAACUUAUCUUAAGGAGGUACUUUCCGCAGUGUUCAGCAAAACGCGAAGCAAUGGCCCUGGAACUGCUGGAAGUGCAGGAACUGGAGGCGGGGCCUCUUGGGUGCAAACCCAUAAGUAUCGAAUACAGCUUGAAAAGGAAGAGGAAGCAUGGUCACGAGGCGAAGUGCAAAGAGACAAGGGUGGGCUCUUACCUACUGAAGCCAAAGCUGCACUCGAGCGCGGACCGCUUGGGAUGGCGGAUGUUCGAACGGCUUUAGAGCUGAACGACUGUGGUCUUAGCCAGAUGCCAGUGGUCAUGGAAUCAAUCACAUUUGGAUUCCGAGAGGGCGAGCUGGAGGCUUGGGACGAUUAUUCCUUCCCCGAAAGCUAUACUCCUGGUUUUGUGGAGGAUUUUGAUGGAGAUAUCGAAAUGGGAGGUAUGAAUGGGACGAAUGGAGUAAAUGGUGUCAACGGCCUUAAUGGACACAACUACGACGCGGAAAGCGACUCUGGAUGGGCUGGAGGCGAAUACGAGGACAAGGCCGAUCUCGACAACCUACUGGACUCGUGUCUCGCCAUUGGUGCGUGA